AUGGUCACCGUAACAGCGACCUUGUCCACGCCGUUGCCAGAAGCGCCAUCAGCUUCCGUGUCUCCCGUACCUGAAGAUCUGGCCGGCGUCUACGUCUGCGACGACAUCAACUGGAACGGCGCAUGUUCGCACCACUUCACCAAACCAGGCGGUUCAGAUAUCGACUGCGCGCAACUGUCUGGUAGGGAAUCAUCGAUUGGACCUGAUCCAGGGUUCUUGUGCGAGUUCUUCACCAAUAACUCCUGCCACAAGACUCCUGGCGUUGAAUCGGAUUUCCUCAGCUUGAGCUGGCCCGGUAAUGCAGAUCUGAGGAGUACGGAUAAGGGCGAUUUGAAUGAUAAGUUCUUGAGCUAUGUUUGCUUCAAGGUGUUGUAG